AUGUAUUUCUGCUCGUGCUGGACAAUCACAAGUACACUUAUCGAACGACCUGGAUUUACUGGGACACUGGAUCCUUGGCCACAAGCUUUGAAUGCUGAAAGCAGACAAAUGUCUCGAGCAUUCAGCGCCUACGAACUUCCACCUGCUCUUCAAUUUGAUUCAGAGCUUCCUAAGUCCACAAUCCCCGCCCCCCCCCAAAAGACACGGAAUAUGGGCCGCUACUUGUGUGUUAGUGGGAUUUCCCAGGCCCGGCUCUGGAAGACUUAUACUCCUGUUUCUCGCCGCGCUUUCUCAGUAUCGGACAUCAAUAAUAGCAACAGGCAGCAGCCAUUCUAA